AUGGUUUACGGUUGUGGGAAUCGCUGUGUGAAGCUAUUAUUUUUCCUCGUCAAUCUCCUCAUUUGUAUCUUCGGCGCUCUCGUUUUCGGCUUCUCCCUAUGGGCGAAUGUGGACAAGAAUUUCUCGCAACAUUUAUCCGAUUUCAUUCGAAAUAUCGAUCAAGGAAAAGAACAUCACAUUGAUGAUAUUGCAAAAUAUCAAGCGAGUCUCUGGGUGUUAGUCGGUGUUGGGAUCAUCCUCUUUUUGGUCGGUUUUCUCGGAUGUUGCGGUGCCGCCUGUGAGAGUCCCGUCUUGUUGUCACUGUUCUUCUUCAUUGUUGUCAUUUGCACGAUUUUGGAGUUAGCCGCCACAAUCUUCGCGCUUGUUAACAAAGAAAAAUUCGUCGAUUCCCUCGGAAAGGUAAUGGAAAAGUGUGGUAAUGAGGAGAAUCUGCGAACGGCGCUCAAGCCGAUUCAAGAAGUUUUCCAUUGUUGUGGAGCCACCGCCUCGACGAAACAUUUCUUCGUCGAUGGAGGGCUUUGUCCGGGAGAGUUGGCGACAAAGAGCGAUUGCUUCGACGUUUUGCAACGCGAGAUCGAGGAAUCGGGUGAAACGAUCGUCGUGAUCGCUUUCAUUCUCGUCGCCGUGCAAAUCGCGUCACUUUUCUUCUCGUGCAUUCUCUGCAGAGCCUCUCGAGAAGUCCGAUAUGCUGGAUAUUAUGCU